AUGACGACCUUUAUGCGCCUGAAGACCCCAUUCCAGGCUCGAUCCCCAAUUACAGCUCUCUCCACAGCACGUAUCCAAAAACCUCACAUCUCGUUUUACCGAGGCUACGCGAGCAAAUCCUCAAAUGACCCUGAGCAAGCUACAACCUCGACCACAACCCGCCAGGAAAACUCGCCCAACCGCCCCAUCCCCUCCAACAAGGCAAGGCCAACCCUCCACGAGGGAGAGAAGUCGCCUCUUAUAGACAAAGAGGGAAACUUGAAAAAGGAUCUUCCUGAGGAUGUGAAGAAGCACAAUCGGGAGAUGGAAGAGCGAUAUGAUAAGCCGUAUAACUAUGCUAAUGACGAGGGCACGGUUGAACCUGCUUUCAAGAACUAG